AUUGCAACAAGAAAACAAACAGUGAAAAUGGCAAUACUAUCGGGGAAGAGAAAGGUGAUGAUGAUGCUUUUUGUGAUGGUGGUGAUGUUGACGUGGCAGAGGAGAUGUCAUGGAUGGGGAGCAAAAACAGCAGAGGAUAUUGAAGCAGAGCAUGCUAAAAACGCUGCCGAGAACGCUAAAAAAAUGGCGGGCGAGGCGGCUCAAGACGCUAAGGACAAUACCGCCUCUUGGACUGGUUGGGUUUCUGAUAAAAUCUCCACAGGAUUAGGAAGCAAGAAAGAUGAAGCAGAAGAAGCAGCUGAAUCUGCAAAGAACUACGUAUCCGACAAGGCUGGAUCAGCCUAUGACAAUGCGGGUUAUGCCAAGGACUUUGCAUCCGACAAGGCUGGAUCUGCUUACGAUGGUGCUAAAAACGCAAAAGAUUAUGCUUAUGACAAUGCUGAUGAUGCCAGCCAAACUAAGGACAUAGCCUAUGACAAAGCCGGUCAAGCCAAGGACAUGGCCUAUGACAAAGCCGGUCAAGCCAAGGACAUGGCCUAUGACAAAGCCGGUCAAGCCAAGGACAUGGCCUAUGACAAAGCCGGUCAAGCCUAUGACAAGGCCGGUCAAGCCAAGGACAUGGCCUACGAAAAGGCUAGCCAAGCUAAGGACAUGGCUUACGAUACGGCGGGAUCAGCAUACGACAAGGCAAGUCAUACCAAAGAUAUGGCCUACGAAAAAGCUGGUCAGGCCAAGGACACUGCUAACAACAAGUCCGCUCAAGCCAAAGACGUGGGUUAUGACAAAACAGGAUCAGCCUAUGACAAGGCCGGCGAAGCCAAAGACAUGGCAUACGCAAAGGCCGGUCAAGCCAAGGACAUGGCCUAUGAUAAAGCAGGAUCAGCCUAUGACAAGGCGGGCGAAGCCAGAGACAUGGCAUACGACAAGGCCGGUAACGCAAAGGACACUGUGUAUGACAAAGCGGAUAAUGUGAUAAGGAUGGCUACGGAUAAGAGCGAUGAAGCUAAUGAAAUAGGUUAUGGAACCUACAAAAGGACUAAAGAAGGUUCCGAGAAUGCUAAAGACAUGGCAUCGGAUAAAGCUCAUAACGUUAAAGAAACCGCAGGGCGAGCGAUGAACUAUGGUAAAGACAAAGCAACAGACGCGUAUGGAUUAGGAAGUGAAGCAGCCGAAAAGUUUGAGGAGGCAUUGUAUAAGGUUGGGGAGAGGUAUGAUGCUGCUAAGGAUUCGAUGUCGGAGAAGGCAAAAGAAGCUUAUGAGGGUGCAAAGGAGAAGGCUUCUGAGGCUACUGGAGAGUACGGUAGAUAUGUGAAUGACCGUAGUACUGAGCUUUAG